AUGUCUCUAUUUCUGGACAUCGCAUGUCAUCCUGAGGAUAUCUUCCCUAUGGUCCUGACAUCAGCCACCCAGGAGCUCUUUGAUUGCCGGGCUGAUGAGGAUGUCACAGGGGACGACCCUUACAGGCUGCUGAGAAAAGACGACAUAAUACAGGACAUGAAGACCAGAGCUGCGGUGUCCGAUUUCAGCCCCGUGAAGGCGAUUGUGCUGGAUUACCCAGAAGAUGAUAUCUUGCUGGUUUAUGACAGGGACUUCACCUAUGGCCAAAGCUUCUACCUGGUUCUGACCCCAGAAGCAAAAGACAAAAUCCUUAAUCCCCCAGAGCCAGAGACAGCAGAAGUGGAGGUUGUGAAUGAAGUCUAUAAAACCCCAGAACCAAAGGAUUGGCUAUCUCUUGGCAGUGAACAGGAGAUAGAUGAAGAAUCCAUCAAAGAGACAAGAGAAAAGAUGUGGUACAAGUUGUCCAGAGUGCGGAGGAAGUUUGGAGCACCGGUCUCUUUUUCAGACCGCAAUACUGCAGAUGUUAAGGAUGGCUACCUGGAGUGUGCUUCCUAUCAAGACAGCCGAUUCAGCAUCAAGCAGAUGCAGAGGGACUGCGGGAUGCAGGCUGUUCCUAGGUUUCGGAGCAGCAGUGCUCAGACACAGUGGAAGUUUCUGAGGAAUGUCUUCAUGCAGUAUACACCAAGAGAGUUUAAUGAGGAUGAAAAAGAGAACAUCCUCCAGUCUGAGAGUCUGAAGAAUUUUUGCAAAGCAGUGACCCCCAGAGUUAUACUAGCCCUUCAGCAAGAAGAGAUCAUGAAUGUGUUCUUUGAUGACUGGAAGGCUCUCGGGACAGAGGCUGAAGGCAGUGACUGGUCUGGGAAGGUUUCUGAAGGCUUGAUGCUUUAUCAGGCCUUCACAGUUCAGAAGUACUCUAAGGACAAGAAGAUCAGCAGCAUGAAUUGGCACCCCACCAUCUAUGGUGUGAUUGCUAUUGCUCUGACAGAGAAAGAGGAGGAGCGGUUGAAUGAGACCUUUGCCGUCAAACCAUCUCUCAUUCUCUUCUACAGCUUCUCCGAUCCCGCUAAUCCCCAGUUGCUGCUGGAGUGCCCAGACGACAUUCUUGCCUUUGAGUUCUGCCCCUCUGAUCCAAAUAUUAUCGUUGGCGGCUGUGUGAAUGGCCAGGUUGUGUUAUGGGACAUUUCUGCUCACGUCACACGACUACAGGGAACACAGCCUGGUGGUAAAAAGCCGUCUGUCAACACCGACACAUUCGACCUCGAUGACAACAAAGAGAAUAAAACUCCCGUUGUGCGCUACUGUGCAGUGUCUGCCUUAGAAAGCAGCCACAAAGCACCAAUUACUGAUGUCCAGUGGCUGCCACAAACGUUUGAGGUGACCAGGACGGGCUUACCGGUAGAGAACAAGUAUAACAUUUCUGUUCAGGUUGUCACCUGUUCCCCUGACUGCUCUUUAAUGUUCUGGGAUGUCCGUGCGCCAAAACUGUUGGGCCAUUCAGCAUCAGACAUGAAGCAGAAUGUGGAUCAGAAGCCACAGAUGUCAACUUACAGUGUACCUGACACUUUCAAGCACUUGGACCGGACAUGGAAACCACUGUUCAGGGUUUCCCUGCCAAAAAUCAAUACUAGUGGUGAAUACGCUCCUUUGAAGUUCAGCUUUGAACACUACACUUGUAAUGGAAAGACAGGUACGAACACAGAAGACGCUCAAGAACAUGAUGACAGCUCAAAAGUAAAUCCAGACUACAGCCAGCUCCGAGCCCCCUCAGCUAAAACACUCACGCCUCUGGAAGAUGUCAAUACCAAGCUUUAUAUUGGAACAGAGGAUGGGGAGGUUGUUUACACUGACUGGAAACUGGAGAAAGACGAUUCUGGACGGCUGCACAGCGCCAAGCCCCUCCACUGUUUUAGUGUCAAUCACUGUUUGGUGAAUACUGUGCAGAGGUCGCCCUUUUUUAAAGACAUUAUUUUGACUGGACCGUCGCCAGCUGGGAGGUGGAACUUUGCCAUUUGGAAGGAAGGCAUCAUGGACGGUCCCAUCAUCUUGUCACCAAACUCUGAGUACAUGUACACUGCAGGAUGUUGGUCUCUGUCCCGACCAGCUGUCUUCUUCAUUGGGAAAGAGGACGGCAGUAUUGAGGUGUGGAACCUGCUGGAAAAGACCAGUGAACCUGCUCAGGUCCACGCACACAUCACAAACGCCAAGAUAACCUGCAUGAUUCCCUGGACUGGCUCCUCCAAGCAGCACCUCCUGGCUGUGUCUGAUGACCUUGGGAUGGUCCGUGUUUUUGAGAUCCCGAGGACACUUUACAUUCCCUCCAGGAGUGAGAAAUUGAGUACAGGGAAAUACUUUGAGCUAGAAGAAGAGAGGUUGCUGGAUUUUAUGAAGAGGGACGAAGCGUGGGCAAAACAGAGGAGAGAACUCGUCAAGCCAGAGAAAACCCCCGAGGAGAACGAGGGGGAGAACAAGAAGAUGUACAAUGAUCACCUGACCUUGGAGGAGAGCAUCCUGAAGGGCAUGGGCCUGCUGUCAGCCAACACACAAGAUACCUGA